CGUAGGUCGUCGUCUCCUCUCUGCCGUUAGUUGGAUGAAUCAGUCGACGUUGACAGUCCUCGGGAUAUGACUGUGUGCUUUUGUAGUAGGGAGCUAACUUUAGCUAGACCGUUAGCCGGUUGUCAGGUUGUUUAGGAUUCCGUGUUCUCCGUUAGCCUUCCUGUUUGUAAACGAUGACACUGAUAUAAUGUUGUUUUUUAUCGGUUUAGGGGGGAACUUAAGUUGAGCCAAAUGGCUAACGCUAGCUAGCGUGUCAUCAACUUGUGAAUCAGAUAACUUAGUCACCGUGUGGCCCAUAACACCCUCUUCUUCUUCUUCUUCUUCAGAAAGGUGAGCUAGCUAAACGUAACACAGUCAGGUAGCAUAGCAACGAACGUGCACAGAGUGAGCUAGCCGGGUAGCUUAGCAUCGAGCUGACUUUACACAGAAGUUGAUCAAUAAUAAUAAUAAUAAUACUAAAGCUAGCAUUGUGAAGCUAGCUGUUUGGGGGAUUCUGUCAUAAUGAGAACGGUUCAGUCCGACACGCUGGGAUUUGUUCCUCAGAAAGACAUCGUGUACAACAAACUGCUGCCCUAUGCGGACAGACUAGACGACGAGUCAAACGAUAUCUUGAGUAAAAUCAAAGGGAACUUGUGUCGGGCUGUGCAGCUCAGAGAGAUAUGGCCCGGUGUGCUCUUCUGGACGAGGAAACUUUCCACGUACAUGAGACUGUAUGGACGAAAGUUCAGCAAAGAAGACCAUGUGCUCUUCAUCAAGUUGCUCUACGAGCUAGUGACCAUCCCUCGACUGGAGAUCAGCAUGAUGCAGGGCCUCGCUCGCCUUCUUAUCAACCUCCUCAAGAAAAGGGAACUACUGUCGAGGGAGGACCUUGAGCUGAACUGGAGACCGCUGUACGAGCUGCACGACCGGAUUCUUUUCUCCAAGACUGAGCAUCUGGGCCUCAACUGGUUUCCAAACUCCGUGGAGAGU